AUGAAGAAGAAAUCAUGUAACGGGGUGGAUUCUGAUUUGUACAAAUGGUACUUGGAACUUGGAACAAGCAUGAAGAAAUUAACGAUACUUCUUUAUCUUUUGAGUUGUUCUGCCGGAUCCGUCGCUCAAAACCUUUGGUCUCUAACCGGACCUAAUGAAAAAAAUGAUGGUAUCACUUCUUAUAGACUCCUUUAUAAUGAUUCUGAUCUAGUUCAUGGGCUAUUAGAAAUAGAAGGUGCUCUGCUGGGAUCCUCACAGACAGGAAGUCCUUUUGAGAAUGAUGGAGUAACAUUUCUUCUUAGGCCCGAACCAAGGAAUCCUAUCAAUAUGAUUCAAAAUGGAUCUCGUUCUAUCCUUGAUCAUAGAUUUCUCUAUGAAAAAAAUGAAUCGGGGUCCAAUGAAUUCGGAUUUCCCUAUUGGGAAAGGUCAUUUUGGGACAAGCAGAUCAGUUAUGAUGAAGAGGGUGAGCUUCAAGAGAAUGAUUCGGAGUUCUUGCAGGAUGGAACCAUGGAGUACCAGACACAAAAAAGAUCUUUCAAAGAACAGGGCGUUUUUCGAAUAAGCCAAUUCAUUUGGGACCCUUCGGAUCCACUCUUUUUGCUAUUCCAAGAUGAUCCUUCUGUAUCUGUGUUUUCACAUCGAGAAUUGGUUGCAGAUGAGGAGAUGUCAAAUAGACUUUUGACUUGCCAAACAAAAAAAAUUUAUUGGAAAUAUCUAAAUAAACCCUGGUUUAGGAAGAAUAUGCCAGAACAGAAUUUCGAAUUGUUGAUUGAUCGACAGAGACAGUUUAGAACCAAUAGUUCAUUCUCAAAUGAAUUGUUUCGUUCUACUACUCUAUCCGAGAGUUAUCAAUAUUUAUCAAAUCUGUUCCUAUCUAAUGGAACCCUAUUGGCUCAAAUUACAAAGACAUUGUUGAGAAAAAGAUGGCUUUUCCCGGAGGAGAUGGUUGUUACUAUCUGUUCCAAUAACGAAUGA